CAGCCGCGUUCGUGUGAGGACUCUCGCAAGUGCAUCAUGUCUCUCAAGGAUCAGCUCAUCCAGUGUGUCCACAAACAGGACCAGAGUCAUGCCCACAAUAAGAUCAGCGUGGUUGGUGUGGGUGCAGUUGGAAUGGCCUGUGCUAUCAGCAUCCUGAUGAAGGACUUAGCUGAUGAACUUGCUCUUGUUGAUGUUGUGGAGGACAAGCUCAGAGGAGAGAUGCUUGAUCUCCAGCAUGGCAGCCUCUUCCUUAGGACACCAAAGAUUGUCUCUGGCAAAGAUUACAGUGUGACUGCACACUCCAAGCUGGUCAUUGUCACUGCUGGUGCCCGCCAGCAAGAAGGAGAGAGCCGCCUGAACUUGGUCCAGCGCAACGUGAAUAUCUUUAAAUUCAUCAUUCCCAACGUUGUUAAGUACAGUCCUGACUGCAAGCUGCUUAUUGUCUCCAAUCCAGUGGAUAUUUUGACCUAUGUGGCCUGGAAGAUCAGUGGCUUUCCUAAACACCGUGUUAUUGGUAGUGGCUGCAAUCUGGACUCUGCCCGUUUCCGCCAUCUCAUGGGAGAAAGACUGGGCAUCCAUCCUCUGAGCUGCCAUGGAUGGAUUGUUGGAGAGCAUGGAGAUUCCAGUGUACCUGUCUGGAGUGGAGUGAAUGUCGCUGGCGUCUCCCUGAAGGCUCUUCAUCCAGACAUGGGAACUGAUGCAGACAAGGAACACUGGAAGGAGGUCCAUAAGCAGGUGGUGGACAGUGCCUAUGAGGUCAUCAAACUGAAGGGGUACACAUCAUGGGCUAUUGGCCUCUCUGUGGCAGAUCUAGCUGAAACAAUAAUGAAGAACUUGAGAAGAGUGCACCCAGUCUCUACAAUUGUUAAGGGCAUGCAUGGAAUAAAAGAAGAUGUCUUCCUAAGUGUUCCUUGUGUACUGGGCAAUAAUGGCAUCACUGAUGUAGUGAAAAUGAUCCUAAAACCUGAGGAAGAGGACAAAUUAAGGAAGAGUGCAGAUACCCUGUGGGGAAUCCAGAAGGAACUACAGUUUUAAAUCUGCCCAAGCAGUUCAGUCGUUGCAGCUUAA